AUGCCCCGCUUCUCGUUUCAGGGUGCAGCGGAAGACCCGCAGACGGCCCUGGCACUGAACUUGGACCCUGCGCUGACGAAGAAGUCCGACACGGAGGGUGCCAGGAUGCUCUUCCCCGAGAGCGAACUUUCCAUUCGGAUAGAGGGUCUUGCAGUUGGAGUUGGAUUUGGGGCCGUAGGGAAGACGGCAUCGGCCACCUUCGAGAGCGCCAGGAAUUUAGCCCUUGGAAUUGGGAUCCAGAACUUCCCGGAGGGCCUCGCUGUCAGCCUGCCCUUGCGAGGGGCUGGAUUCUCCACCUGGAGAGCCUUCUGGUACGGGCAGCUCAGCGGCAUGGUGGAGCCUCUGGCCGGGGUCUUCGGCGCCUUCGCGGUGGUGCUGGCCGAGCCCAUCCUGCCUUACGCGCUGGCCUUUGCUGCCGGCGCCAUGGUCUACGUGAUUAUGGAUGACAUCAUCCCCGAGGCCCAGAUCAGUGGUAACGGCAAACUGGCGUCCUGGGCCUCCAUCCUGGGCUUCGUGGUGAUGAUGUCGUUGGACGUCGGUCUGGGCUAGUGCCGAGAUGCUUCGGACCCCAGGAACGGCAGCACGAGGAGACGGCCACCGUUGGCUUCGGCAGGACCAGCCUCUUUUCUUCACAUCCAAACGUUUUCCUUCUUCUCCUUUUUCAUCUCAUUACCUUGAUUGACUCUGAUUAAAAUAUGACACUUUUUAGAUUUCUUUUGAGGGAGAUAGUGGUUUUAUUUGGAAUUUCAAGCAGGCCCAGAACUACAGAUUUUUGCUUGGCCACUACGUAGAAUCUUUCUUCAAUGGGAUAACCAAGGACACGCAGAUCAGGGAAAUCUUUUGUACCUUCAGUCGCCCUCGCUAGACUUAACACGAGUUCCUCAAGAUCACCUCUAGACGCAAGAGAGAAGUCUCCUAAGCAUCUUUGCCUAGUGACUCAGAAAGGCCAGGACAGCUCUUAUCCGUCCUUCCUGCUCUUUUACCACUGACCCUCUGUCCAUCAAGACUGGAACAGGAGCAUCAUGGACAAAGCAACCCAGGGCGGAACACACCUUCCUCUUUCUCCCCCACGGGGGAUGCUGCAUGGAAGGAGGCGCAGACGAAGGGAAGAAAAUCAGCUGGUCUUUUCUUUUUCUCUUUUUCUGACGGCAAAGAUUGGCACUGUCGAAGUUAAGGGAAUCAGGACAACUGUGGAUGCACAGUGAGCCAUGUGAACCGAGGACAGAGUGGCACUCUGAUUCGAGAGCUCAGCUCUCUCUAGAUUCCAAGAGCAACUCAUUCUGCCAGGGUCUCCAAGUCCCCCAGACGUGUGUUUUCAUAAGCUUAUAGCCUUCAUUUUUCUAAGAGCCUUGGGGACACCAGCAAAGUGCUGGAACUCAACCCCUUCAUUUACUUUCUGAGGGAGUCACUGAAGCUCGUCUAAGUGAAUAUAAGACUGGGUCCUCCUCCUUUGACUAUUUGGUAAUUUGUAACCUGACCCAGACCUCCUAAGCAGUUUUACUGGAUUUUAGUCAGAAAACUCAGGAUGAGACAGGAAGAAGGGUAGAAUAACAAGAAGUAUUUUUUACAUUUCCCCUUUAAAGUAAAUUUUAGCCAAGUCAUUGUUCUAAAAUGACCCCUAAAGAAUGAGAUUUGAAUGAGACUUGAAGCCAGUCUACUCCCUGAUAUAUACACACAGCUUCUCCUGCAGGGGUGGCAUAUCUAUCUUGUCUACUUCAAACAUAGCUGAGGCCUGCCGUCCUCGCUGGUCCAAGGCGCACAGGGGACCUUGAGUGGGUUCUGCUGACAAGGCAGGCAACCCAAGAGCCAGGAUUUAAGGCAUUGUGUGGUCAAGGCCCACCCCAGGUUGACAUAUCUCAUCACUUCCAAGGGUGGAUACACUGUUCUGGGAAUGCCCUGUGCUGGAUCUAUGUACCUUCUUCCAGAGCACUGAUGAUCAACAUUGAAGACACAUUCAGAAGUUUGAUUGGUGGAGAUUCAUUGGUUUGGUGGUUGGCAUAUAGAUGUUUUUAAAAGUCUUUGUAACAGAGUUCUACAUAAUGCAGACUUCUUUCUGAUGGACAAGACCUCAUAACUGUGAUUAAUACCAAUAAAGGGGAUAUUGUUGUGGAUGACC